UUAUUCUAUUCUCCCUCUCCUUCUCCCGACGCCCCGCUUACUAUAAAGCCCGGCAUUUUCCCUCUCUCCCAAACGCACCCUCCAACGACCCCCUCCUCCCCCGCCCGGUCCCUCCCUCGCCAUCCCUAAUUUCUGCCACGGUUCGACAGCACUUGCCACCAUCAAUCUUUGUUGCUCUGAAGGCCCUUCUUGUUUUUGAGCCGUGAUCUUUUUGGAGAGAGAGAGAGAGACAGAGGAGACCCUUUCUUUUUUUCAUGUUGGGAAGACCGGAGCAGCCGUGAAUUUGAGCCUGGAACUGUUGAGGAAAGCCUAGAUUUCUUCGUCGGUUUUUGGGAGGCAGAAAGAGGUUUGAUAAGGCGGCAUAUGGAGAAGCUGAAUUUCGUGAAGAAUGGGGUUCUGCGAUUGCCUCCUGGGUUUCGGUUCCACCCGACGGACGAAGAGCUUGUGCUUCAGUACCUGAGGAGGAAGGUCUUCUCCUUCCCUCUGCCCGCCUCCAUCAUCCCUGAAGUCGAGGUCUGCAAGUCCGAUCCUUGGGACCUGCCUGGCGAUUUGGAUCAAGAGAGGUACUUCUUCAGCACGAGGGAGGCCAAGUACCCGAAUGGGAACAGGUCCAACAGGGCCACCGUCUCGGGGUACUGGAAGGCCACUGGGAUCGACCGGCAAAUCGUGAGCUCGAGAGGCAGCCAAAGUCAAGUGGUGGGGAUGAAGAAGACCCUCGUCUUCUACAGAGGCAAGCCACCGAGUGGCUCCAAGACCGAUUGGAUCAUGCAUGAGUAUCGCCUGGUCAACUCUGAAGCCUCGGCCCCUCACAAGAUCAUGAACUUAAACCAGAGCCCUGUUGAGCCAAUGGAAAGCUGGGUCUUGUGCCGAAUAUUCUUGAAGAGGAGGAGCUCCAAGAACGAAGGCGAAAACGCAGUCUCUUGCCAACUCCUCAAGGAAGCUCCGAAAUCCAGGAAAACUAAGCCUGUGUUCUAUGACUUCAUGACCAGGGACUUGAACCUUGCUCCUUCGUCUUCUUCCUCUGGGUCAAGUGGGGUCACCGAGGUGUCCUCCCAAAACAAUACAGAUGAUCACGAAGAGAGUAGUUGCAAUAGCCUCAGAAAAGCCCUACAGCACUAGCAAUUCACACCAAAUCUAGGUUUUCUUGAACCAAGUUCCCGGGGCUUCUCCGAUUAAGCCAGUUUAGAAGAAGAAGAAGAAGAAGAAGAAGAAGAAUAACAACCCUCGAGGAGUCCACAUAUCUGGUCGUGUUAGCUUUUUCUUUUAGUUCUCAUCUCUUUCUCUGUAAUAUCAUGGGACUAGAGACGGAGAGAUGUCCAGAAGUAAAGUUGAAAAGGGAGAAGUUUCGGCAAUUAACUUGUUUUGCUAACAUCUAGAGCCCAUGGAUGUUGUUAGAUCAUCAUCAAUACUGUCAUGUAUUAAUCUAGGGAAUUUCAGAGUUUUUUUUCUAUGUUUAUAAUGUCUUUUGGAAUGUCCAAAUCUCAAUUCAUGCUCUCCAA